UGAUGCAUUCCAAUGAGGACGAUUGUUUUGUAUAGACAGAAGAUCAACAAACUUAUUGACUCUUUUGCGAAAGCUACGAGACAAAUCAUCAGGCUACAUGGAGCUGCGAGGGAUUCGGGGGCCAAUGGGCGGCCAAGACCUGAAGUGUCAAGGAUUAGGGUUCGGUAUCCAAACCACUGGGGUUGCUACCAGUUCCAUCAUUUCAGCAGUGCAGCAGCAGGAUUACUCAGCCAGUGUGUGGCUUCGUAGGAGGGACAAACUGGAACAUUCUCAGCAGAAGUGUAUCGUGAUCUUUGCCCUGGUGUGCUGCUUCGCCGUACUAGUGGCACUAAUUUUUUCGGCUGUGGACUUAUGGGGUGAAGAUGAGGAUGGUAUAACAGAGGAGAACUGUAGCAAGGACUGCAGAGUAGUGCUUGUGGAGAACAUCCCAGAGGAAAUCUCCUUCCCAGGCAACAGCACAUCCCACGUCCCUCUCUCAGUGGGUCUGUACAACUUACUGGACCAAGCAAUGCGAGCUGUAGAGAUAGUUUCUCCACUGUGGUUCCUCAACUCUUCCGAUUAUGAAUCCAGUUUUCAGCCUGCUGCCAGACAGGGAAGAGCUCUGCUGUCCAGGCUCCAGGGGUUAAAAGCAAAAGGAAUCCAUCUGAAAAUCUCCAGUGAUGUCCAGCUGAUCGACUCGCCUGAGCUGAAGACGCUCGACAAACACUAUGCUGAGGUCCACUAUGUGAACAUGACGGCGCUCACCAAGGGUCACCUUCACUCCUCGUUCUGGGUGGUCGACAGGAAACACUUCUACUUUGGCAGCGCCAGCAUGGACUGGAGAUCACUGGCCAUAAGGAAGGAGCUGGGAGUACUGGUGUACGACUGCAGCUGUCUGGCCUUGGACCUCCACAGGGUGUUCAGCCUUUACUGGGGGCUUCAGUAUAAAGACUUCAUCCCCUCCUUCUGGUCUAAACGCCUCUUCGCCCUCUUCAAUAGAGACGCACCGCUGGAUCUCACUCUGAACAGCACCAAGGCUCAGGCCUACGUCUCUAGUUCCCCAGAUGUGUUCAUCCCCAGAGACCGCAGCACAGACCUCGAAGCCAUUUCCAGAGUCAUCAUGGAGGCCCAUCAUUUCAUAUACAUCUCCAUCACUGACUACCUCCCCCUCCUCGGCAACACCGCUCACAGGUACUGGUCUCGUAUUGACGGACUUAUCCGGGAGGCUCUGAUCUUGAGGAAGGUGCGGGUCCGUAUGCUGAUAAGUUGUUGGGAAAAGACAGACCCACUGACUUUCAACUUUAUCUGGUCUCUGAGGAGUCUGUGUAUGGAACAGGCCAACUGCUCACUGGAAGCUAAGUUCUUCAAGCCCAGAGAGCAGAGGGACGGCAGUCUCCAGGGAAUAAACCACAACAGGUUCAUGGUCACUGACAGAGCCAUUUAUUUAGGUAACCUUGACUGGGUGGGGAAUGAGUUUACCUUCAACGCUGGAGCAGGUCUAGUGAUUAGUCAGCCCGAAGGCGUUGAAGACAGGAACUCGACGGUGGUGGAGCAACUACGUGCCGCCUUCGAGAGGGACUGGUUUUCACGUCACACUCACACCUUGCAGGCCAAUAAGAUCCCUAUUUGCAACAAACACCAAAUCAACAGGAUGGUACCAGACAAAUCCAAGCAUCAGGACAGUGGACUGGCUCCGAUCAGAGCGAGGGAGCAUGAUAAUGGACCAGCACCGAUCAGAAAUGGUCCCAAAGAGGAUGGACUGACAGCAAUUAAAACAAGACACCAUGACGACAGACGAGGCAAAAUCAGUCACCAAGGCACAGCCAGUGGACUGAUGCCAAGCGCAGACAAUUACCAAGAAAGAGGACAAGUCAAAUUGAGUCACCAUGACAACAGAAAACAAAUGAAAGUGAAUCACCAUGACAACGAGAUGGAACCACCCAGUCAGUCAGCUGAGAGCAGUGGCAGCAGAGAGAUCUCCAACCUGUCGCUGUGACACAACGCCCAACAACAGGGGUCGCUCUUCCUUUACACUGAAUGACGUUUGGAAUAACACUGGCUCUUUGUAGCAUUUUAUUAUUGUCAUUUUAUAGAAUAACAACGACUUGCCAUUCUGAGGAGUAUCUGGUUCAGAUAAGAUUCAGCAGGAGUUGGUAUUGUACACAGAUGAAGAACUCAGAGAGAACUCAGGUAGGACUGUAAAAGCUCCUCUGGAGUGUCGCACUUUUAAUGGAUGGAGGAAAAUAUUUUGGUUUAGAAGAAAUGCACAUUAUAUCAGUUGCCUCUAAGAUAAAAACUAAUGCAGUCUAGUAUAUCAGGGCCUUGCUAUAAUAUUACAAACAUCUCCCAGUUUUACAUAAAACAAUUAAAUAAACACCAUAAACUUGAACCAACAGCGCAAAAACAGAUUUUUAUUAGACUGCAUUUGUUUGUUUAUAUUGGUUUUGCUGUCCCACAACCAAAAAAAGCAUUUAUGUGCCAAUCUUACACAUUUCCUAUCAUCCCUCUCUGGCCACUUGAAACAUAGAUAAUCUUGGAGACAACAGUUAGCUUAGUAUAUGUAUAUGAAAUCAUCAUUUAACAUUUUCACAUCACUACUGAUAGAAGUGGCCUUGUCUUUCAGUAGAGACAUGUUUUUGUAGAUGAUUUCACAAGUACACUCAAAAAAAUAGCUUAAUGGCAAAAAUAUGUGCUUAAGUGAUUGAUUUUCACUAUGUUGAAAAC